CCUCCAGAGCCGUGAAGAAGGGGGAACUCCAGCCCCACCAUGAGAAGACUGGGUCUUCUACGCAUGGCGACUCAACCCAUGUGAGAGCUCUCUUAUGUGAGUACCCAGCAGCACACUUUGCUGUCUGUGGUCUGUGGACAUUGACUGGCAUCUAAGCGACACCCCAGCUCCCUCCUCUCCCCCUAGACGCCACUGUCUUAGAGCCUCCAUGUGCAUUUGCUAUGACAUACAUCAGUGUUGAUGAGAGACAGGAACACUGCCGGGUGAUCUUGAGCUGCCAAAAUAAUCAGCUCUAUGCACAACAUGGCUUAAAGGAUUUUUCGGUUAGCAGCAUGCAUCCACUAAAGAACCUAGACACUCAUAUUUUUUCUGGGGACUUCCACACUCUAGACUACUGCCACACAGGCAAGGCACCUUUGGCCAGUCCUGUGGAAAACCGGAUGUUUCGGAGCGUGGAGAACCUUCACUGGGCAACAGUUGCUGACUCUGGGCUGUAUUCUCACUGCCGGAGCCUGGAUAACGAGAUCAUCUUUCGCUAUAGUGGCACCAGUCAGUGGACAGAAGGCUGUGUGGAUGUGGCCCCAGUACAGAGCACAUCGAACUCUCUGAGAAACCCUUCUCUCCGUGCUAAACAGAUGUCUCGAUCGGCACAGAAUGUGCUCCUCCCUCCCUUUGCCAAAGUGCCUCAGUGGCUUUUCCCUUCUGCAGAGGAAAGAGCCCUACACGGGGAUGCCAAAAAAGAGCUGAAGGAGAAGCUGAGGCUGCACAGCAGUAAGGUGACAGAGCCCUGUAAGCCAGUGCGUCCACAAGUGGCCCUGCCUGACCUGAUGGCCCGGGAGUUUUUUGAAUGCCAGAUGUGCCGGCAGUACAAGAACGGGAGGCAGAGACUGUGUUUUGCGCACAGGAUCAUCAGUCCAGAAGACAUCAAGCAGGAGGCUCAGAGGAGGCUUCAGCUCCGAAGGCAGAAUAGCUCCCCCAAUUUGCCCCUUCAGCAUGCCGGGGAAAGCCGUGAGAUGGCCAAAUCCAGAACAGCAGAAACCCUGGAACAAUAUAGUGGGGAAACAGAUGUCAAAGCCACAUUGGGACAGAGCAAGAAAGGCAAAGGGAGGCUCUACAUACCCACCUUUGAGGAAUUCAAGCAAAUGAGAUGUAAGGAGGCAAAUUCAUCUGCCAGCAGCAGUGGGCCAACAGAUUGCUUGAAUAAGGGUCUGCCUGCAAACCAGACCCUGGAGGAGGAGAACAAUAAGAACGUCUGUCCAGAAGCUCUGGGGACCAAAGCUGUGAGUGAAGCCGCUGUCACAGCGGAGGAUGACGAUGAUGUAUUCCAUGAAAACCACACCUCUGCUGGCUUUUCCCAAUAUCCAGCCACAUGGGAUGGUUUCAGGAUGAACAGCCCUGAGGUGAAGGACAGAACCUUCCAGAUCUCCAGCCCAGAUAGAUCGCCGGUCCCCAUUUGCUCUAGCCCUAUUCCACGAUCACCUUUACAGGCAGUAGCAAUACACAGAGCUGGGCAGGAGAUCUUCAGUGGUGAGCAGCAGAAAGGAGAGACAAGACAAUUAAAUGAUGUCCUCCACCUUGCAGGGCAGUCGCUGGCUUCUGAAGCCCAGUCCUCUUGCUGUUCAUCGCUGCUGUUAGAAGCCACAGACUUAUCCAGCUAUGGAGCUAAGCUACAAAAAAUGAAGGAUGAAUUCAUAGGUUCAGCCCUGGAACUUAUUAAGAAAAGCUGCAAUGCUGAGACUGCUGCCAAAUCCCCCUCCAAGGGACAGUGUGAUCUGAGGGAAGCUGAUCUCCCACCUCCGGAGGACAGCCAGCAGCCCACAGCGAUGUCCAUGGCAACAGAGACCUGGGAGGACAAGCCAAACAAUGAGACAUCCAGCGACACUCCACCUGCAGGGAAUACCCCCAGUCCCGGCUGCCGCCGAUCCAGCUCUGACAUUGUCCAUGAGAGCGCGGAUGGUGCCAAGGCCCAGCGGGAGUGCCGGCUGCGGCCGCACUUCAGUGACCCUAUGCCGACAGACUCGGUGAAGAGGAAGCAGCUGGAGCUGAAGAUUGCAGCUGCAGCACGGCAGCACGCACAGAAGCGCCGGCAGGAGCGAGACUAUGGUCCAGUGGUAGCAAAAGCCAACCUUGGCCAUGGUGGCAGCUUCGAUGAGACCCACCGUGCCCCACGUGGCUCCUUCCGCUCCAGACAUCAUUGGAGCAAUGUCAGCAGCCUGAGCACGGACAGCGGGAUUGUUGGUGUGAAUGAUGUCCGGGAUGACCUGGAUCCCAGCGAGGCCACACGGACCAAGUCAGCGGAUGUGGAGAGGGCAGAUAGUGGCAUUGGCCAGAUGCCAGCCAGAAAGUGGAGGAACAGGGCAUCUGAAACGGGGCUGAGCUCCCUGCAGGCCUGGGAAGCCCACCGUCCCUGCACUGACUGUGGAGAACGGGACCUCCCGGUGGAGACAGACGUGCAGAACUGCAAUCAGAGGCGGGCUGACCUCUGUGAGAAGUGCCGCAAGCGCAGGACAGAGCGCAAGGAGUCUGUGCUGGAGUUUGUCAACACAGAGGCCAGCUAUGGAGAGGACCUGCGCAUCAUCAAAGAGGAGUUCUACCUCCCCAUGCAGGCGGCUGGGCUGCUGAGCCAGGAGCAACUCCUGGGCAUCUUCAGCAACAUCCAGGAGCUCAUCGACCUCAACGAGAACUUCCUGGAGAUACUCCAGGAAGAGAUUGAUCAGGCCUUUGACCAGGGUGAUGAUGACCUGAUGACCGUGUGCAUCGGCGAAAUAUUUCUAGAGUUCGUCAACAUGCUGCCAGCCUUUCAGACCUACUGUCUUCAGCAGUCCUCCUCUGUGAAUAUGCUCAACGCACUGGAGAAGGAGAAAGAGUUGCUCAGAAUAUUCCUCAACGUCUCCCAGAAUGACAACACAGCGCUGCGGCGGAUGAACUUGAGGUCCUUCCUGAUGGCCCCUUUGCAAAGAGUCACCAAGUACCCACUGCUGCUCAGCAGAAUCAUCAAGGCCACCACCGAGUACCACCCAGAUCAUGGCAGCCUGCGGGAGGCCAAGAGCCGCAUCGAGUCCCACCUGGAGCACAUCAACAUGAAAACCAAGCAGGAGGGGAACACGUGGACCCUCCGAUCCUUUCGCCAGGACAGCAAGAAGAAGAGGGAAGUCAUCAACAUCGAGAUGAGAGAAACUGCUCUCAAAACUGUAGGUUGGCUGCGGGAGGAAACGCGAUUUGUGAUGGAGGGGUCUCUGCAGCUGGCCCAGCCCCCUGACGGCCAGUGGGUGAAGAAAGGCAGCAAGACCCUGAAGUUCCAGAACAUGCAGGUCCUCCUCCUGGUGAACAUGAAGCGUGUGUCCGAGUCCAGCCUGGAGUCAGCUGAGCCAGGGCCCGUGAAGGACGCCGUGCUGGUGCUCAUCAGGGACAAAAAUAACGGGAAGUUCCAUUUGCUCAGGGAGCCCUUGAGGCUGAGUAAUUGCAUCGUCUCCACUGAUCCCGACUGCGACGACACUUUUGAACUCAUUGAGAUCAGGCGGGAGGCGUUUGUGUUCCGGGACAGCGACCGGGCACGGACUCACCACUGGUUCAGGCAGAUCAGGCGGUACUCGAGGGAGCUGGGCUCCUGGAAGAAGCGGCGGAACGCGCUGCCCAACAUCAUGAUCAGCACCCCUCACACCAGGCCCUGAGUCCUGCACGGGCAGCACGCAGGGAGACUUGGCUUGACCAGUGCCACCUGCAAAGGACCAUCAAGAGCCUCAGUGGCUUGAACUUGCUCUGCUCCAUGGACAACACAGGGAGGAGCCUGGCCCACGAAGACUCUUUGCAGCACUGGAGCGAGCAUCACAGCCUAAUUCUGGUCUCCAGCCUCAGGACUCACAACUUGUUUGUGGCUGAUGUACAUACAGAGAUGGGCUUCCCUCGAGGAGCAGAUCUCUGGAGGAAAAUACUGAGUUUAACUUGUUAAUAUUGCACUGCAGGAGAAUGAUGUAUGAUGCUUGCCAUUGCAUGGAUUGUGUUGAAAGCCAGUCUUGACAACAUGAGAGAGGUUUCCACCAUUGAUUAUAUUUCAUCAGCAUUAGGUAAAGUCAGGGUCAAACUUAGGUGCAGUAUUAUGCAACAGAGGAUGAAAAUUGGAGAAAAUUAUGUUUUCCACCGCUACUCCUAAGGACUGUAUUCCAUUAUUCACCUCUGUGUAUUCAGUCAAAUACUUCUUCAAAAAGAAGGGUCUUUCAUCUUUAAUCCAAAUCAAGUAGGUAUCAAUUUGCUCAGAUUCAGCUGCAUGCACACAGCAAAAAAAAAAAAGCAAACAAGAAUAAAAGGAGUUCUUGCUCUCUGACACA